AACUCGACUUAGUGACUUUAAACAAAGCACAUCGCAUGUUGGAUUUGUAAUGGGAUUGGUGAUCGUUGUGUUCAUACAAUAGUAACAUUAGCUUGUGUUUCGCGGAGACCCACGAAAAUUUGUUCGCGGUUUUUAUUGUCAGUUUUCAUUCCGAAGUCAAGGCGUUCGCGCAUAUUUGUUUCUCGCUUAGAAAAGGCGCCAUAGACAAAACGGAAACACACCACUAAAAAUACUUCUUAAUGUGCCUUAACAGAACCUUAAUCAUAGUCAUGAAAACCCUUUAACGUAUAAAUCAACAUUAACAAGUGUCCUUAUAAACCAUUGUGUACAAGUAAAUUUUCCUCGAAUUAAUAAAAGAAAAAUAUAAAAAAGUGGAAAAUUUCAAUCAACGAAAAGGAAAAAUUUCUUUCUGAACAAUCAUCGUGCAAUCGCAUGUGAGGAGAAAAAAAGAGAAAAAAGAAGAAUUACGAAAGAAAAACAAAUUUUCUUGAUAUCAACAAAGUGCUGUGAAAAUUAAUUACCCAAAAUAUCAAACUUUUUUUUAUGUUGUUGUUGUUAUAAUGCUUAAGAAGAACUCAAAAAAUAUUUUUUUCGCUUCGAAACGAUUCUCUGUUGUGUUUGACUGUUGCACAUUGAAAGGAAAUCCACAAAGUCGUUAACUGAAACAGAAGAAUUAACGAAAAUAAACAUAAAUACGAAAAGAAGUGAUUCUGAUUUCCAUUAAACUUUUUAUGGAGUUGAAAAUUAAUUAAAGCUUUAUAUACGAAGCAAAGUGAGUGAAUUUUAUCAAGUUACGAUUAAAUGCUUCUUCUACCAAUUGGAUAUACCAAGACACAAGACAACCACGAAAUUUCUCGUCAGUAUUAUUGAGCUGAACAGCUAAAAAGUGAAGGAAUAAAAGAAAAUAAGAAGAAAGACUUGUGAGAAGUGUCAGAGCUACUCGAACUAUCCAAUUUCCUGCCAAGAAGUGAAACCAACGAGAGUGAACAAAAUGUACAAUUGCAACAUGUCGCUAUCAACACCACCAAUGCUUGGUGUUGGAGUUGAUUUUGGCACGACAACCCCCCGAACACCCGAAAUCUUAAAUUCGCUUAUCGCGAUGACAAAUCCCUUCGAAUACUCAUAUGCUUCAGCACUAACAUCACAAUCUUCAGUCAUUCCAUCAUCGAACGAUGUUUCACCAGUGAUAGCAUGUAAAACUGAAAGCUUCCUUAACCAACAAUACGACAACAAUUCUCAAUCAAAUUGUUCAUCGUCGUCUUCGUUGGAAUCUCCAAGCACUACGCCUCUGCAUUUAGCAGCAACAAUUUCUUCGACACCAAGCCUACAACAGACGCGUUCUCAAUUGAUCAAAGCUGGUGUGAAACUUUUGAUUCAAAGUAAAAGGAAGAAUAGUGGAAGUAGUUCUUGUGAUGCCGAUUAUCGACCACCACCACCUAAAAUUCGAGCUACAAGCACAGCUUUACCAACAUCUCGAAAGAUUGUCAUUCCAACGAGUGAAGUGGUGUCACCAACGAUAACCUCACCUAAAGAAGAACCAAUUGAUCCUUUCCAAAUCAAAACCGACUCAACGACGUCAUGCGAUGAAGAUUCCGAACCGAAAUUUUCGGCGAGUAAACAUGAGUUAACGCCUGAAGACGAAGAUCGACGAAAACGUCGUCGCGAACGGAACAAAAUCGCUGCUACAAAGUGUCGAAUGAAGAAACGUGAAUGUAUCAACAAUCUCAUGCGUGAGUCGGAGACCUUGGAGGCUCAAAACGUGGACAUAAAAGCACAAUUGAAAGACUUGAGAGAGCAAUAUCAAUAUUUGACGGAAAUGUGGCAAGCUCAUCAAAUGGAAUGCAAGAAUCCCGGUUUACUUGGCAAUAGCCAUGAACAAAAUAAUAAUGGCAACAGUAUAGACAUCCAAUUCAAUGAGCAGGAAAAUAUAAAAGACACCAACAACAAUAAACAUCUUCAGGAGCUACCGAGUUUGACGCCGCUCAUAAAUUGUAAUCUUUCCUUUGAUUUCUACUAAGAUCAUUGAGCAAUCUUUUUCUACAAAUUUUCUAAUAAUUUAAAGAUAUUUUUUUCUUACUGGAUAUUUACAUAAGAAGCAAAGUAGAAAUGAAGGUCUCUACGAUAAUUUUUUAUUACUUACUUAUACGCUUUUAAUGUGACGUUCAACCCCAGGGUUUGUGAGAAUAUUUUUAAAAAGAAAAAAUACUUUAAAUGCUUAGAUAUUGAGAUCGUGACGUGACGUCUGCAUCAGUGAAAUAAAUAUCUCAAAGAUCUCCAAAAAAAACAACAAAAAACUUCAAUCAAUCACAAUUUUCUCUCAUAGCCCGGCAAAAAAGCAUUUUUUAUGAAAAAGAAAAGAAGAAAAAUGAAAAACUCGUUCAUUCUAAUUGAAUUAGCUUGAAAUGAUGUUAAACAGUAAACAAAAUUUCAUAAAAUUUCAUUUCAUAUCUUGAGCGAUCGUCUCAAGAAAAAUGAAAGGAGAAAGAAAAAGAAAAAUCUUUUUGGGAAAAAUUUUAAAUAUUUUUUUGUAAAGUAAAAUCAUCACUCUCUCUCUCUCUCUCUAACAUAAUGUGAAAAAUACUUUCGAGAAAGAAAAUGCAAUUUGUCUUGGAAGAAAAUCGAAGAAGAGAAAAAAAAUAAAGGAAGAAAGAAAAACGAAUUGAAAAUGUUUUCUAGACCAAGAUUUAAUGUG